CAUGGGACAAGGCGCGUGCGCUACUGGUUGGCCGAGGAAAAGAUUGCGCAGGCGUAGUGGCUGCUUUUGAACUCGGCUGGGGUCGGAGUGCCAGGGUAUCCUGUGGCAGAACAUAUCUCAGAAGAAGUUGAGGACUGAAAGGAUCUGUUUAACGAUGAUGAAUGCGGAUAUGGAUGCUGUUGAGACUGAAAAUCAAGUAGAAUUAGAAGAAAAAACACGACUUAUCAAUCAGGUUUUGGAACUGCAGCAUACACUUGAAGAUCUGUCUGCAAGAGUAGAUGCUGUUAAAGAAGAAAAUUUGAAAUUGAAAUCAGAAAAUCAGGUUCUUGGACAAUAUAUAGAAAACCUCAUGUCUGCCUCUAGUGUUUUUCAGACUACUGACACAAAAAGCAAAAGAAAAUAAGGCGCUGGUAACCAAACAAUACUAUUUUAUUGCUGCUGCUUUUGUUUAAUUUUAAAUUACACAAGGCUACAUAAUACUGUAGUUUGUAUUAUCAUUGUAUGAAAAAUUAAUGUUAAUUCUAGACAUUUUAAUUUUUUUAAUGAAUUGGACAGUACAAGUCUGUAACGUCAGUUUUCAGCAACAUAGCAUAGAGAAAAUAUAUUUAUUACUAGCACAGUCUGAAUACAAGUGCUUUUGAAAAUCAGUUCUGCUUUUAUGGUUAAUGUCAUACAUGGCCAAGUACUGUAAUUAUCAUGGUUUUUAUAGUAUUACUAUUUGCUAGCAACAUAACACAGUGUUGUGCAGAGUGGUAUGAAAAUACUUAUUUGGAAUGAAUUAUUUGCAUGACUUCUCUUAGUUUUCAAAAAAGUUGUACAUUCUCCAUCUCUUAUGCCUCUAUGCUAAUUCUUCCAGAUGAAGAAAUAGUUUAGCUUGUUGAGUGGUGAAAGGUAAUUCUUUUAAACGAGGAUAUAACAUAAUGUAUUGCUUGCAAAAUUGUAAAGAGGAAAAAGAGCACUCUAAAGCUUAAUAUACCACUCUCUGGAACUAAUAAAUUAUAAUUUUAAAAAUGUCUGAAAGUUCCUUUCACUUAUUGGGCUGGUAUAAUGUUGUAGUUGAUUUAAGUGUGUCCUGUUUACAGAACACUUAGUUGCAUGGUAAUAUUAUCAGUUAUGAUGAUACAAGCUUAGGAAAAAUAAUCUUGUAAACAGAUAAUAAAUAUAUUUAUGAAUUUUCACUACUUAUAGAUAUACAUUUACUGCAUAAUUCCUACUAUCUUAUAAUCACAUUUUAGCCCCACAGAUGUUUUACCUUACAGUAAUAUAAUGAAAUUAGAGUUUUUCAAGCAUGAUACACAUCUCUCUACGAAAAUACUAUCUGCUACAGAGAUGUACCAAAUGUCUGUCUCUCUGAUACACUUCAAGCAGUUCAAUGUAGUAAGGCUUAUAUAAUAUACUACUUUUCCAGGAUAAGUAAUUUACUUAAAUGCAGGUAUAAUGCACAGUGACAUUUCUGUGAAUAUAUAUAAUAAGGCUGUUAAAUUAUUUAAUUUUCACUAAAGGUGAGCUGUGGGGAAUCAUUUUAUUGUCUGGUGUCACUUAAACUUUGUUGAUAUUGCUAAGAAUGAAAAUUGCAGUCCAAAUGGACUUAGAAGAAGCAAUAAUUAGGUUUUUAGAACGGGAUGUGGAAUAGAAUGGCUUCUGAUUUGAUUGGGUUCUAACAUUGUUUGGGGUCUUUUUUGCCAUUUUUCUUAAUAGUAGAUUGAGGAUGAUUUAAUUUCUAUUCUAAGCAACAGUCUGUUUUGUAGGUAGAUGGGUAUUUCUGUUUUUGGGAGGACAUAAAUGGUUCAAAACUGUGUCAUAAUUGGUACUCACUUAGUAGGAGGCUUGAAAGAGAUAGGAAGUGUCUUUUAGUGAACUAUGUAUGUGUUUAAUGCUUUUUUCUCCUGAUGAAUCCCACUAGAAAAAGAUUCUAUAUUUUUUUUUACUAUUCUAUGAGGAAUAUGUGUUUGAAACUAAUUUCACUUUCUCCAUUUCCAUUAAUCUAGCAAGUCAAACAACCAGCUUAACUAGCAGUUUUCCUAUCCCCUCUUCCUCUAUGGAUAUGAUGCAAGUGCAACAUUUCCGAUUCAAAAGGAAACAUUUGGAUUGUAUAGGGACAGAAUUGAUUAGUGUUUAAAUGCCAUUUUACCUUGGUGAAAUGCAUGGGGAUUGCUCUAAAUCUCCUUUUACACCACUUCAUACAUUUGAGGAAAGUAGAAAUGUGAAGAGAAGAACUGCUUGUGCAUAGUUGUGAGUUAAUGUAGAACAAGCCAGGAAUCACCUAGUCUUGGGAUCACAUGAUCAAGAGACCUGAACUUAAAGACAAGCAUCCAUUUGCUCAUAGGAAUUAUUUCUAUCCAGUUUAAGACUAAUUCAAACAGUUAGCAGUGUGAGAAAGUACUAUCUAAAGAAGAUUGUUCAUGUGAUACUGAGUUUAAAUGUGCUACUUAUGAUUGUUUUAAUAAACUAAUCUACUUGGGCUUAUGUUCCACAAAUCUCAGAAUUUAUACCAAAUAAAGAUUUUUUGAGU